AUAUAAUUGACGUCAUGUGGCUGUACGGCCUCUUUUUACCGCGAGGCGCAGAACUCCACACGGCGUUGUCUCGUGCUCUCCCACUAAACUCGUUACGCAGGGAAAGUGGUCACGAUGUCCGGAGGUCUGGAUGUCCUUCAAAUGAAGGAGGAAGAUGUGCUGAAAUUCCUGGCUGCGGGAACACAUCUUGGUGGAACCAACCUGGACUACCAGAUGGAACAGUACGUGUACAAAAGAAAGAGUGAUGGCAUUUACAUCAUCAACCUGAAGAAGACCUGGGAAAAGCUGCUGCUGGCUGCCAGAGCAAUCGUUGCCAUUGAGAACCCCGCUGACGUAUGCGUCAUCUCCUCCCGGAACACUGGCCAGAGGGCGGUGCUCAAAUUCGCCUCUGCCACUGGAGCUACCACCUUUGCUGGGCGUUUCACCCCUGGAACUUUCACCAAUCAGAUUCAGGCUGCCUUCCGGGAGCCCCGCCUCCUGGUUGUCACUGAUCCACGCGCUGACCACCAGCCCCUGACUGAGGCAUCAUACGUAAACAUUCCCACCAUUGCCCUCUGCAACACAGACUCCCCUCUCAGAUAUGUGGACAUCGCCAUCCCAUGCAACAACAAGGGUCCUCACUCUGUGGGUCUAAUGUGGUGGAUGUUGGCCCGGGAGGUUUUGCGCAUGAGGGGUACCAUCUCACGGGAGCAUCCCUGGGAGGUCAUGCCUGAUCUGUACUUCUACAGAGACCCUGAAGAGAUUGAGAAGGAGGAGCAGGCAGCAGCGGAGAAGGCUGUGGGCAAGGAGGAGUUCCAGGGUGAAUGGACCGCACCUGUGGCCGAUUUUGCCCAACCCGAGGUGGCUGACUGGUCUGAAGGGGUGCAGGUACCGUCUGUGCCAAUCCAGCAAUUCCCUGCUAGCAUAGAGGCUGCUUCUACCAAGGCUGCCCCCUCUACUGAGGUGUAUGCUGAGGACUGGAGUGCUCAGCCUACUACUGAAGACUGGUCUGCAGCCCCCACUGCCCAGGCUGGGGACUGGGGUGGCUCCACUGCUGACUGGUCAUAAACAGUGUCAAAGCACUGUGUUGCUGUUGAGUCAAUAAACAUGAUUGCUUGUUUAAAGGGUU